CAAAUGGUAUUCUUAACAGUUGAGAAAUUAGGACAAUGUCAAACCCAGUCUCGAUCGGUUAAUUAAUUAGAUUGUAGACUUAACCCCACUCGGUUCCAAAAAUACAGUAAUGGGCUUUAGUUGGAGUUAUUUGAGUUACGUGUGCCUUUAGACCUAAAUUAGCCCAAUAACGCACAAAUACGGCCUUAUCGACUUUUUUUUUUCCAUGUGUGUACGUAUAUUUAUUUAUAGCGACAUGUGGAUUUAAAAUGGAUUGAUUGGGACAAAACGCCAAGGAAAAGCAUCUAUGCAAACUGACAUUUUACAUCCGUUUGGGUAUGAAGCAUAUUUCAGUGCGAGUAUAAAACACAUCAUCGUUUAUACAUUAGUCAUAUCAGUAAGUAAACUAAAAAUUUCCUAGAGCUGAGUAAAAUAAAGGAUAGUUAAAAAUGGGUGGGAAUGAAACUAGAGAGCUUCCGAUCAUCAACCUUUCUGACAAGAACCUAAAACAGAACACAGAGCUUUGGAACUCGACGAGAGACAGCGUCCGUAAAGCCAUGGAACACCAUGGAUGGUUUGUGGCUGAGUACAACAACUUUCCCACGGAACUUCACCACUCGAUUUUGGAGGCCGCUAAGGAACUACUCGAUCUUCCUCCCGAAAUCAAGAUAAAGAACGAGAGCCACAAGGCCAGGCACGGCUACAUCACCAUGAUCUCCGAUGGUCAGCCCGUUCACGAAGGUCUUGGUAUUGACCAAGUCAACGAUGUCCAACAGUGCCGCCGAUUCACUCGUCUCAUGUGGUCUGAUGAUCAUCAUGACAACGACCGUUUCUGUGAAACUGUUCAUGCAUAUGCGAAAAUGCAAGCAGAACUGGAGCAACUGGUAAUAAGGAUGCUCUUCGAGAGCUAUAACGUGGAGAAGCAUGCAGAUAAAUACAUUGGAGGAACAAGGUACCUUCUUCGAUUGAUGAAAUACAAGAGACUCCCUAAUGGAGAACCCAACAGGAAGUUUAUUUCUCAUACCGACAAGAGCUUCAUCUCCAUUCUCCAUCAGAACCAUAUCACAGGACUCAUGUUGAAAUCCGAGAAAGAGGAUGUUUGGUAUCCUUUUACUCCUUCACCAACUCGGUUUGUUGUUAUAGCAGGCGAUGCCAUCAUGGCGUGGAGCAACGACAGAAUCAAGGCGUGUUACCACAAGGUGGAGAUGGAAAGCGUGGAAAUGAGGUACUCGUUAGGGUUCUUUUCGUUCCAAAAAGGGAUGAUAUCGACACCGGAAGAAAUGGUGGACAAGGACCAUCCUUUAGCGUACAAGCCCUUUCACCAUGAUGGACUUCUUGAGUACUAUGAAACAUUGGGAGCUCAUCUCAAGGCUCAUCGUACCAUGACCAAGGCCUUUUGUGGCAUCCCACAAACCUGAUCAUUUUCCACCAAAAUUCAUCACUUUCGUGAUCUUAUUAUAAUAAAAUGUCUGCCUUUAUCAUGUGUAUAUAUAUUUGAAACUCAAUGUGUCUACUCUCUUCUCUAUCUGUUUAGUUAUAUAGUUAGAUACUAUUUUGUCCUUGUUUGCCUCUAUAAUGGGCUUUGUCCUCAAUGGUAUCUGGAUUACGUGUCCUCAAUAGUAAAAAAUAUUUUGUUAAAUUUGAGAGAAGUUUUUGAUAUCGUUCAAAUUUAAGGAAU